CAAUAACCAUUUUCAAAUUUUGGUGUUAUUUGUCGUCCCAUGCUUGAGGGCAAGCAUGAUUUAGGUGUGGGGGGAAUUGAUAGGGUGUUAAUUGUUAGUAAUUUUAUUGUUAAUUUUCCCUUGUCCCUACCAAAUAUUGUUUUAAAUUGUUAAUAUAUACUUAUAUUUGGUAUUUGGACCUAUCUACAGGAAGUUGAACUGACAAAUGCUAAUAAGGAGAUUUUACUGAGAAAAAUUCUCCACACAUUAGAGCCUCCAGCGGAUUUACAAGUUGGGCCCACAUGGUUCUGCAAGAGAACAAAAAAUUUCGGUUGCUGAUGGGAGUCUUUGAUGAGCAAUAGAAAACAAAAGGAGAGAAUUCGGCAGAGCUACUUUUGUAACUUGGGACUCUUGUUUUCGGUGGGGACCACGAGAGGAGAAAAGGCUUUUCUUCAUUUGGCCUUUAAGAGAAGUAACGUACAGAGAUGGGAAACAAGAAGCAAUUCGGCAGGACCCACCUUGUGGACUUGGUUUCUCUCAAUUCGGCAGAGUUCCCUUCUGGGACUUUGACUCUAAAUUUCGGCGGGGACCACGGAGAGAAAGCAUUAGGGAUUAGUCAUUUUGGCUUUAAAAAGGAAGAAACGUACAGGCGGCUAGGUUUGACGCCUGUCAGCAGUCAAGCAGCUGAGCAUUGGGGACCCACCGGACGGCAAACCGUCCGGUUUUCUAGUGUUCAGACAUUGGAGGCAGGCUAUAAUUUUUUUGGAAGCUACUACAUUACUAGUACUGAAAGAGGUUACUGGAUCUAUUGAGCAUAAUCUGACUGAGAAAGCCCAAAAUACAUUGAUAUUUUAUAUUUUGGUCACCAUGGCUUCGAGCUUUGAUAGCUUUCAUUUGGCCUUGCAAGAGUUACAGACUGAUCUGGACGAGUUUGUUGAGGAAGAAGAGGAAGAAAGAGCUUCGGAGCUUCCAAGAUUAUCCAGCAACAUUGAUGUUCUGAGCAGGGAUUGGAGGUUUCUGAGGAUGCUUUGGGAAUCCAUUCUGGGCCAAAGAGAUUCUGGAGAUAAGCAGCUUGUGCAGCUGCGGCUGCAGCAUCAAGAGGAUUUGGAACAGGAAGGAGGAGAAUCAGAAUCCAAGUCUCAUGCUCUUGCCCUCAGGAUUGAAGCAGCAGUCGAGGAGAUUCUGCGGGACCUUGUUCGCCUGUCUGAGAUCAAGAAACGCGAGAAGGGCAACAAGAAUUCAGAGUCUGAAUUGCUACAGUUAGUAGUUGACUGCCAAAUAAAAACCGAUCAAUUCAUAACAGAAAUUAGAGAAGCUGUUGACCAACAUAUAUCAGGAUGCUCGUUCCAGGUACACCCUCCUCCUCCUGUUGAUGUUUAUUUUUGGACAAGUUUUGUGGAUUCUGUAAUGUUAAAUCUGUGGUCUGUCCAUUCCACUCUGCAUCUCUUUGAUGAUGAUGAAGUUGGCCAAGUUAGUCUAGUUAUUGAUGAGAAACAAGUCUUUGCCUCAUUCAAGGAGCUGGAAUUGAUCCGGGAUUAUGUGCUUGAAACUAUACGGGGUCAUCGUGAUGUAACUUUAAUUAUUAGUAAUGCUUUUCCAACUCGGAUUGCAUCUCUCCUUGUACACGUUGCGAAUCAGGCUUGUAGUUGCUGGUUCAGUUGCAAAACAGAUCGAAUCCAGUCUGCGAAAAUCAAGCUGACUGAACUAGUGAAGGGUUUGCAGAAUGAGAUUGAUCCUACUAAUCCCAAGUUCAUGGAGCUUCAUCUCAAUUUCCUGAGAGAUCUCUAUAGCAUCCAUGGAGGUACAUUUCGCGUGGAUUCGUUCUGUGAUUAUCUUCACACGUGGAGAGCAAACAUUUUUCUUGAACAGGAGCUGAGUUCCCUGUUAGUUGAUUUUUUCAACACUAAACUAGAGGAGGAGGAGGAGGAGGAACCCGGGACAAAUGUGAAAGGUUUCUUUGCAGAAAUUAUUGCUGUCCUCGUGGAGGCUUUCUCUCUCUGGGAGUUGCUGCGGAAGCAAGAUGAAACGGAACCUCCUCCUUGUUCUCAGUUACUAAUCAAAAUUUGUCUUCUCAAGGCAGAGCUUUUCCUCAAGGGAAUUCUCCUUAACAGCAACAGCAACAGCACUUUCUCCUAUAUGCUUUUCGAUAACAGCUAUAUUCAAAAACUCAAAGACAUCCUGGAAAACCUGAGAAUGUAUUCCAACGAUAUUCCCACUGAGAAGAUAGAAUAUGGGAAGAAGAGCUUAGAACUCAUUGAGGAACUGGCCAAGGAGGUAGCAUUUCUUUGUCAGUCAUUUGAGGGUAAGAAGAUUACAGAAUCUACAGUAAAGAACUCACUCUUCGAAUUGCUUCUUAAGAUUGUGCUUUCCAAGGCGGAGUCAGUUUUGAUGGAACUUUUAUCAUCGAAGAGUGGUAACACAAGUUUCCUGGCUCAUGGAAAAGAACAGAUUGGACUCCUCCUUGAGCAGCUGAACUUUAUUACGCUAGUUCUCCCGAAUCAGCAAAUGAAGGACAGAGACGACGUGGAGAUGAUCUUCGUGCAAGCUGAAGCAUUUGCUAGGGGGGUGACACAUUUCUGUCGCUCAUUUGCUUCCAAAAAAAUCACAAAUGACAUGAUCAACCAAAUGAUCCUUUCAUCUUCUCAGCUGCUACAAAAGGUCAAGCAUAUCAAGCCAAAGCUCAAGGAGAUUGCUAAUCAAAUUCCAUUGUCUAAUUUCCCUGAGACUUACAGAUGGGGGUUCAUAGACUUUCUUGUCAGAAACAUACAGGACCUGCUGAAACACGAUCCUGAUUCAAUUGCACCUGUGAAGACUCAUAUUGAAGAGAUUCAGCUACAUUUAGAGUCAUUGAGUUCUUUCCUCUUGAAAAUUUCAGAGUUGGAUAUUCAGCAAUCAAAGGUAAAAGAUCUUGGUAAUCACAUUGCUGAACUAGCAUAUAAGCUGGAAUAUGUCAUUGAUUCCAUUGAGAUUGAUGCUCAUUGGCAACAUUUCUUUUGGUUUUAUGACCUACUGGAGGAGUUAAGACUUGUUGCCAAGCAGGCCUCCCUAAUUCAUGUGUUCACCGAGGGAGCCAAAGUCCAAAAUUCCACUGACAUUUCACAAAACAUGGUUUCGCGAGGCACAAGACCAGAAAUUGAUGAAAUAUUGGUGGAUCUCCGUGAUGAAGAAGAAGUUAUAGUUAAUCGACUUAUCAGAGGUUCCACAAAGCGAGAUGUUGUAUCUAUUGUUGGCAUGCCAGGUAUGGGCAAGACAACAUUAGCUAGAAAAGUCUACAACAAUCCAAAUGUCACGCAUUACUUUCACUGUCGUGCUUGGUGCACUGUCUCACAGGUAUAUGACAAAAGGGAGAUAUUGCUAGAGAUUUUAAGGGACGUUCACGGGCUUUCUGCUGAAAAUCAUCACAUGAGCGAGGAAGAUCUUGAAUCAAAAUUGCGUCAGUGCUUGUUGAGGAACAAGUAUCUCAUAGUCAUGGAUGAUGUGUGGGAUAUUGGAGCUUGGAGUGACUUGACACAUUCAUUGCCAGAUGACUGCAAUAAAAGUAGAAUUUUGGUCACAAGUCGUCGUCGUGAUUUGGCCUUGGAAAUUGAACCCAAUUCUGAUCCUCAUUCUAUUCGCCCAUUUACUGUGGCUGAAAGUUGGAUAUUAUUAGAACAAAAGGUAUUCCAAGGUGAUGGUUGUCCUGAGGAAUUGUUGCUAGUGGGAAAGGAAAUUGCUCAAAAGUGUAAAGGACUACCUCUUUCCGUUGUUGCAAUAUCUGGUCUCCUCAGAAGGACAGAAAAGAGAAAAGACUGGUGGAAAAAAAUUGCAGAAAGCUUGAGCUCAGAAAUAUUCAAAGAUCCAGAAGCUCGAUGUAUGGAAAUCUUGGAACUGAGCUACCGGCACUUACCAGGAAAUCUAAAAGCAUGCUUUCUUUAUUUGGGAGUUUUUCUUGAAGAUAAAGAUAUUCCUGUCCACAAGUUGAUACAGUUUUGGCUGGCAGAAGGAUUCAUACAAGUAACUGAAUCGAAAAGCUUGGAAGACAUUGCGGAGAAUUACUUGAUGGAUCUUAUAAACCGAAGCCUAGUUAUAAUCUCCAAAAGAAGAUAUAAUGGAAAGGUCAAAGCAUGUCGCCUCCAUGAUCUAAUACGUGAUUUCUGUCAGUCAAAAGCCAAAGAAGAGAAAUUUUUGCAGCUAGUAACCAGGUCCGAUGAACCAUAUGCUUCUUUUCCCAUUUCAGAUUAUGGUUUUGAAUUCUAUUAUGACCAUAACAUCGAUCCAGUAAUGUAUGAUGCCUAUCGGUUGAGCAUUUUCCUGCAGCGAAAUCACUUUGUUGAAUCAAGACCUUUUGGCCUUGGCACCCGUUCUUUGGUAUUCUUUGCCUUUACUGAUUCAGAGCCAAGAUGUCCUUAUGACAUCUCAUUCAUUUGCCACAACUUCAAAUUUCUCAGGGUGUUGGAUUUUGAAUGCAUCAACAUGGGUAUCUCCUUUCCUGAUGAAAUAGGACUACUGGUUCGACUGCGAUAUUUGGCUGUUUGUGGGUAUUUGCGCUCUGUUCCAGAAUCAAUAGCCAACCUCAGGAACCUGGAAACUUUGAUUGUAAAGGGAUUACAUGGUAAGAUUGUAUUACCAUAUACUAUUUGGCACUUGGCAAGUUUAAGGCAUCUUCAUGUGAAUGAUCAUGUUGCUUUCAACUUGGAUGGAAAAGACCCUGAAGGAUGUUUUCAGUUGGAAAAUUUGGUGAGUUUCUCCCGCCCUUCUCUUUCUUGUGGUGGAGACAUGCAAAGGAUAAUACGGAGGUUUCCAAAUCUUUGCAAAUUGAGAUGCAUAUUCUACGAGUCACGUGAUUCUUCUCACAAUUGCAAUCAGUUUCCCAGGUUGGAUGUUCUAACUCAUUUGGAGUCUUUGAAUAUAUUUUACUAUGGAAGGACUCUUAGCAGCAGUGGCUUCAUUCUCCCAAUGAACCUGAAGAAAUUGACUAUUUCUGAAUUUCACCUACCUUGGAGUAAUAUUUCUGCAAUUGGAAGACUGAAAAACCUCCAAGUUCUUAAACUAAAUUCUGGUGCCUUUGAGGGGCAAACAUGGGAGAUGAAGGAAGGAGAGUUCCAGGAACUCAAGUUCUUGAAGUUAGACAGUCUGAACAUUGUACAUUGGAAGGCCGCUUCUGAUCCCCUUCCCAAACUUCAACGAUUAGUUCUACAGAAUUGCAAAGACCUUCAGGAAGUUCCCGAUGAUUUUGCAGAGAUACCUGAACUUGAAACGAUUGAAGUCCUGUGGUGCGGACAAUCUGCAGAAGAGUCGGCAAAAGAAAUUGAGGAAGCAAAUGAGGAUAUCAAAGUCCUUAUUAGUCGUUUGUAACUGUAAUAAUCAUUACCAUGUUUCUGGACAGAUGUUGUAUUUUACAGAACGGCUUCUAAGUUGUAAAUGAAGAUAGUGAAUCUUUACCAACUUAUUCAUUUGCUCAAUGCAUUUUCGAGAUGAUAUUCGUUAUGGA